ACUGUUCCACUGUUCCAAAAAAGCGGUCCUAAUGCCUAAGAAAGCAAUCCGAGUAUUUUGUUUUCCCUCUGGAGCUAUCAAACGUCGUGAGACGAGAAGUCUUCUUUCUUCCGGUUGAGGGUGAGUGAGACGAAGAGAGGCGCCUGGAUGGCUCACGGUGGCUAUGGUGGGAAGCGCGGUGCAGCCCAACGGCGGCCCAUCAGCAAGCGUGCGAGAGGUCUCGGCCCACAGAAGGAGCAGCACAAGUCUAAGAAGAAGCUCAAGCCCGUCUCUCUCAAGAACCAAAUCCGUUCCGUCGAACGCAUCCUUCUCCGUAAGGAUCUUCCAAUAGAAGUCAAGAAUGCUCAAGAAAAGAGAUUGGAGGAACUGAAAGCGAAGCAGGAGAUUCAGAACCGUUCUGCAGUAGAGCGGAAAUUAUCAUUACGGUACCGUAGAGUAAAAUUUUUCGAGAGAAGGAAAAUUGAGAGAAGCAUACGGCGUUUGGAGAAACUUCAAAGAUCAGCUGAUCCUACCAUGCAGAGAACAGUCUCUGAACAACUUUCCCAGUUGAGGGAAGACCUAGAAUAUGUUAGAUUCUUCCCCAAGACAGAAAAGUAUGUUUCUUUAUUUAUGGGAGGCGACAAUCCAGAGAUAGUUGAGAAGAGGAAUAGAAUGCGCAAGCUGAUAAAAGCCAAUCUCCUAGCUGCUGCUGCGAGUGGAAAGGAUAUAGAAGAAACUGGAAGUGACGAAGAUGGUCCCUUGGAUGUCAGUGAAGAUGAUUUUUUCUUGAGUGGGAGUUCCAGCGAUGAGGUAGAAGCCGAUGAUGAAUGGACAGAUAAGAGUACCAGAGGACAUGCUUCAAGCACUUCAGGCAAAGCAACUUCUGGCAUGUCGAGUGAUGAAAAGAAUCAGAAACAAAUUGCUGCACGGGCUCUAAUGCCUCCGCCAAGGUCUCAUUCAGCGAAUGGUAACAGUUUUUUGUGUUCAUCAAGCAAGGAUGCUUCCCUGGAAAAAGUUGUGCUCCCCUCAUCCAGUAAUGGUUUACACAGUAGGAACCUUCCUUCCAGUAGUGGGGCAUCCUGGAAAACCACCACAGGCACUAGUAGCAACCUCAGUUCAAACUCCGAUGCUCAUAAGCCUAGAAGAAAACGUCGCCCUAAGAAGAAAAAGAAACAAAUCUGAUGUUCUGUAAUCUGUAAGUUGGGUACAGUGUAAUCAAUGUUUCCACACCCUAAUUAAUGUUCCAUGGGUAUUGAUUUCCUCCUAUUUGAAUAUGGAUGCAGUUUUGCUUUA